GCUAGAUGGAUGAUCAAUUCAAACGACCGACAGCCGGCAAGAAGAGGUCAUUAGAUGUGCAGCAGAGCACUUCAAAACGGCCAAAAGUAGACAAACCAGAGAAGCAUAUUGAGGAUUACAUGAAGAAGUGGAUAAAAGCAUUCAAGAACAUCGUAUUGCAUUUUGAUAAACCAGAGGACAUAGCAUUGAAGAAUGAAAUUAUAUUCAUGUCUCGUAUCCUCGGCGCCCGCGUUGAAAACUUCUUCUCUAGAAAGGUGACUCAUGUUAUAACUAGCAGGCAGAUAUCCAAGGAUUCCUCCGUUGUGAAGUCCCCGCCCACAGAGAAGGAAAACCAGCCGAAGUUGAAUAGACAAGCAACACCAACUUAUGGCGAGCAAACUGUAGUUAAAUCAAACUAUGUAAUGUUUGAUUCUAAUAACCAACGUACACAGAGUAUCGUAGACACACAACCAAAGAAUCCGUUCCUAGAUGGUUCACAACAGAACGAUCUCCUUCUUAAAGCCCAGGAGUUCAAGAUGAAAGUAUGGAGUUUUGGUAAGAUCUACAACAUGCUCGAUUUCAUCUUUGGGAACUCCCCAGAGCUUAAAAGUGUAUAUAAGAAUCUUAAAAGUGAUAGAAGAGCACGAAAGGAACAAGAAGUCACCCUUAAGGCACUUCUUACAAAGGAGAAGCUCCAGGGUACAACUGAGCGCGAUAGGAGCGUACGUACUCAAGAUUUCUAUUAUUUCCAUCGCAAUAUAAAGUAUAUACUCGUAGAAGACACGGAAUCAAUCUACAGACCAAUCCUUAUUCAGGAGUAUGCACAACCAAGGUCGCAUGAGGAACCAUCAUGGCCGAUCCUUUUCGCAUGUCGUGACGAACGCAAUCCAUUUCAGAAGUAUUACCAAAAUGAGACACCAUUUGAUGGCAAAUGCUUUGCUAGCAGGAACUGGGGGAUGAGAGAACACGUGAACUACAUCCUCGAAGCUCAGUUGUCGCGUUUGGUGAAACAGGGUGUUAUCACUAUGGAAUCACCCGUUCAAAAGGACGAAGAAGAGCAAGCGGAGGAUCCACCGGAAGCAGGGAAGGCUGAAGAAGAUGACGCAUAUGUUGCUGCUUCUGGAAAUAGCGUUACUAUCACUUCGAAUACCGCCACUUCGCAAGCUGCCAGUCGACACAUGCAACAUAGAGAUAAGAGAGUCUCACAGUUUGAUAGGCGAAUUACCGAGCAUAGGCCGAAGACUGCUCAUCCUAGAGCUUCUUUAGAAAUACCGCCUAGCUCUAGCAAAUAUAUAGUUCAGCAAUCGCUAGGUAAGGCAAGUGACGCAUCUCCCGCGGCAUCCACAUCAAGGAGGGUCUCAGAACAGAGUGCGAAUACAUCCUUAGAGCAACGGCGGGGUUCAAAGAGUAAGCCUAUCGUAGAGAAUGGUGCGACACCUACGAAUGCAGCCCAGGCAUUACUCAGAGCACGUGAACAUUCUAUUCAUCUCCCUCAAGAGAGUGUUGUAAGGAGAAAGUCGAAUGAUAAAUUUGAAGAGCAUGUCAAUGCACUCAAAAACCGUUCUGGAGAGGUGUCCAAAGAAAGGCGCGUCUCGGGCAGCAAAGAUGUCCAAGAAUCACCACCUCCGAAGGAGAUCCUUGCUACAAAAGAGGCACGCGCCGCAUUCAAGGAGGUUGUACCAAAGAGAGACAUACCUAAGAAAGAAAAUACCAUAAUCGAAAAACCAAAACCAGAGGAGACAGCAAAGCUAACGAAUGAAUUCAAGGAACCUGUCAAACCAUCUCAGCCAGCGAAAGCAUCCAAGGAAGAACCAGAAACAUCAAUAUCAAAAGAAACAGCAACUCUCUAUCAGGAAAUGGAAAAGCUGCAAGCUAAAGAGAAGCACAAAGAGAGGCUUAGUAGGCGACACGAGAAUCUCAAACCUGGUUAUUGCGAAAUAUGUAGAAUUAAGUUCGAUGACUUUAACAAACAUGUCAACUCGAAUAAACAUAAGAAGCAAAGCACAGAUCCAAAGAUAUGGAGUUCUAUCGAUUUGCUUUUGCGAUAUACUGCCAGACCGCUGGCAAAAGCUACCGAAAAGCCUCCUCCUUCACCGGCUACCAAGCUAUCUCCACCGCCAUCGCCAAAGAAGCUCCGCCGGUACGAGAAUGAUGAGAAAGAGGAAGUAAUUGUGCAUAACGAUAUCCAAAAUACUGUCUCAAACACACAAGAACCUCUGCUCGCGGAGUCUACAUUUAUCCAGAAUUCACAAGCUACCACUGCGGGUGGUGCUCCUCAGACUACACAAUCACAAGAGUCUUCUAAGCGCUCUCAAGAGGUAGUCAAGAAAGCAGACUGCUUUGAAAUCGCACAGGAGGGGGUACAACCGCCUAAUGAAGAUGAUAUGCAAGAGUUCGACCAGAUUGAGGACUACUAUCGUGAUGGAUUUUACAGCAAUUACGACCAACAGCAACUACAACAACAGGAGGACAUUGAAUUGCUAAACUCUCAAUGGGACGAGCUCCAGAGUGUAAUAAAUAUGGAACAUGACCUGCCUAAAGCUAUCUCACAUGAUAGUAUUACGAGGGAAGAUGUCUUAAACUUUAUAGAAGGCGAUAACACCGCUACUCGAGAAUACAACAACACAGUGCAAGCGUAUGAGGAUGGUGAUGGAUACGUAGAGGAAGACCAGCUAGAGGAAAUGGCACCUAAUAUGCCUGCAAAGGAAACAAGUCCUGAAACGGCAGAAGUACAACGAUCCUUUGACGUAUUUGAGGGCCAACCGAUAUAUGAGACGCAAAAUAAGUCUCCUUUGAACCACAACGGUGGAUCCAUUGAUUGGAUUAAUACCCUCACUGAAGUUUUUAAACAACACCUCUCAGAGCCAAACGACCAGCCGCACUCGCAUCACCAAUCAUCUUCACAUAGUCUCAUCGAACACCUAGCAUGACCCGCUUUUGUAUGACAUAAGUUCAAUUGUUUAUAGCAUUUUAAUGAUCUUAUGAUUAGUCGUGAGUUAUUACAAAAUAUGUUACUUCUUCAAGCCACUGAUAAGUUUGAUUUCGUCAUGUUCGAUAGUAAUAAGUUCACCAGGGGCGGCUGUAUCGCCGGUUACUGCGCCUUUGACGACUUCAUAUGCGAAGCCAAUCUUAGAUGAGGUGUUAUGCCAGAAAUGCAAUGAUUCGGGUUUGACGACGAUGACCAUAAUUCUUGGAUCAUCCUUAUCUCCCGUGUGUUUUCCAUCUUUGAGAUCACCAAACCAGGCUUUCAAAGAAGGGUUCCAGACUUUGUCGAUAACAGACUGGUCCUGUGUGACAGAAGCUCUUCCAGCGAGCGAGGCCCAGCUCGUUGAUGAAGGAUCGUAGUAGGAGAUAUUAACGUGCGAGUCAUUUUGGAAUUCCUUCGUCUUCCCACUCUUGAUGUUUGCGAUGUAGUAGUAUGUCAAAUGGUCAACGGCAACGGGGCUCAUCGCGCGUGAGUGGAGGAAACCAUCUGCAUUGCGUGAGGUAAGCAUUGAGGUCUUCACUGGUUGGAUUAUGCUAUUGAAAAUGUCGAGCUUCUCUUGUGGAGUAGCUUCUGUGCUUGACUUUGCGGCGUAUGGAUCCAUUGUUAUUGUACUUGGGUGUUACUUUGAGAGAGAUCUGCAAUUAAGGCUGAGCUUGGAGUACAUGUAUGCUCCAGUGAAUCGAUGUUGUCAUAAAACACCGAAUCCGAAGAGCAAGAAUGGAUAAUAUGCGUUUGCAUUGGCGCCGUAAAAAUGCUAGUAAUAUGCGCCCAGGUUGUUAUCGCUUGUCGUCUAACGGUUGUUAUCUAUCCAGAAUCUUGAUAGCUAAAUCAAUCGAUACGUUACAAAUAUAUCAUCUCUUAAAUUGCAUUUCAUAGUAUGACGCCAUAACAACGAAUAUACAUCAUUAUCAAAGUGGUUUUUCAGCAGUCUCCUAAGUGGAAAAAGAAUACUGAGCAUCACUACGACAUUUAAUAUGUCGCCGCAUUAGGCACUCCUCGAUGUAAAGCUCCAUCCCUCUUGAAGCUGCCUUGUAUAGCACCACUUGUUCCAAUUGCCGCUAUGCAGGGCCCUACAGCGAAGAUACAUCCUUCAAGGCGUUCUCUGAAACUGAACUUAUGCCCACCACACUUGUUUUACAUUUGCAUAGCCUCUGAAAAGGAGUCAAGACCAUUAAAAAAUGAUUCAUUACUGCAAUUGUGCCUGCUGGCGAACUACUUUCAGAAGAGAGACGGCCAUAGAGUAUGCGUUUUUGACUAUCUACUUAAAAACUGUGAUAACUUAUUUCAAGAAUUAGCUAUAGGUGUCGCUACGAACUAUAAAGCGCCGUUCCGAAAGCAGUCGCCAACCACAAAAAACGAAUUGAUAGCCUGCAAAAAGGAAGCUUUCGAUGAGAAUCG